CGCUAAUCGUUACUUCAAUUCACUGGCCUUUUCUUCUGGCUAUCGUUUCUCUCGGAUUAUGCUUUCGCUGAAGAGAAGCGCAUCUCCGGUCGGGCUUCCAGCGUUGACUGACUCCACUGCUGAGGCAUUCUACUCGACAGAAUUGCGGCGGUCAAAACGUUUGAGGCUCACCGCCCAACCAGACUCCGAACAAAAGCCUUCUACUAUAUCUGCCACCACGAAGGUGGUCCGGAAGCGGGCUCGUAAAAUCAAGGCAGAACCCUCAGAGCUUGCAGAUACAAAACCUGCCACAGAUGCCAACCAAAGCCCACUGAAAGUAGAGAAGGGCGCUGCUUCACCGCGCAAGCAGACCUCUGUUGCGAAGGCUCUGGCAACCCCGCACCCUACGCCGGAAAGGUGGCGCGAGGCGUACGACACUAUCAAGGACAUGCGUUCACGCAUCAUUGCCCCGGUGGACACCAUGGGCUGUGAUCGUCCGCAGCUCGAGGAGACAACGCCCCAGAACCAGCGCUUUGCCACCCUCGUCUCGCUCAUGUUAUCUUCUCAGACAAAGGAUGAAGUGACCUUUGCCGCUGUGUGCAAGUUACGCGCAGCUAUUGGUGGCGCCCUCAGCGUUGACGCGCUCUUAGCCGCGGACGACAGCACAAUUGGCGAAGCAAUUUGCAAGGUCGGAUUCUGGCGGAGGAAAACACAAUAUAUCAAGCGGGCGACUCAGAUUCUGCGAGAUGAGUUCAACUCGGACGUUCCAAAGACUGUUGAAGAGCUUUGUUCUUUGCCUGGAGUGGGGCCUAAAAUGGCUUUUCUGGCCCUGCAAGACGCCUGGAAAUUGCAAGUCGUAAACGUCGGAAUCGGUGUUGAUGUGCACGUACACAGGAUCACAAAUCGGUUAGGCUGGCACAAGCCUUUUACUAAGACGCCAGAAGAGACCAGAGUCAAUCUCGAGUCGUGGUUACCCCUCGAACUCCAUCCUAAGAUUAACGCCCUCCUCGUUGGCUUCGGUCAAACUGUCUGCCUGCCCGUGGGCCCACGGUGCGACACUUGUGAGCUGAGCAAUGGUCUAUGUCCCAGCGCACGCAAAAUGAAGACGAAAACAAAGAAGACUAUUACGAGCAGAGGUUCAUCAGGCCCGAAGGUCGAGAUCUCAAUCGAGACCGAGGUCAAGACAGAGUUCACCGAGCCUAGCUGCUAGCUCAGUUUCUCCUUGCCACAUGCGCGCCUUCAUGUAUAUUGUUACGAUCUAUGCUACACAUUGCGUCUGCUUUCUUCCGCUGUUGCAUACCUAUCGCUAUCGUAUAUCUGCACUAAAUAUUC